GCACUAGGGGUUCUAAAAACUUUUCCCCAUCUCAAUUGAGACUAUCAUCCUUUGUAACAUGAAGAUGGACGAGAGAAGGAGUUUAUGGCUGUUUAGUUUAUUGUGUUUUCUACACGUAGGAAAUGCUUUUAAUACAAAAGAGAAGUAUGAAGCGUGCCUAACGUGYGAUUGUAGGUUUUCCAAGUCCGAGGUUACAGUUCGUUGCAAAGGAAAAUACUUGGAUAGAAUACCAUUAGGCUUGCCCCCUAAUACUACAUUUCUAGAUUUGAGUGACAAUGGUUUAUCCACUUUACCGGCAGCAAGUUUGUCAAACCUGACAUAUUUACGAUAUCUAAAUUUAGAAGAUAACAGAUUACAACGAAUAUCCACAUGGAUGUUCAAGGACUUAAAGUAUCUACGCUCUCUUAACCUGGACCAUAAUGACAUUUUAACUAUUGAUAAAGGUGCCUUCACAACUCUACAUAGUUUAGAAUCCUUAAAUAUAUGCUGCAAUGAAAUAUCAGCUAUUGAAGCRGAGUCCUUUCCAGGUUCCCUGAAAACCUUAGAUCUUCAAGACAACGUACUGGAGUCAGUUCCUACCAAGGCACUAAAGAAUCUCAAAAGACUACAAAAUUUGAAUCUUGAUGCUAAUCUAAUAGAGUGCAUCCAUAACAAUGCAUUUGAAGGACUACAAAGUCUGUCAGAACUCUCAAUCAAAUGGGACAAGGUAAACCACGUUGAACACCAGGCCUUUUAUGGACUACCUCGACUUAGACAACUAACGUUGGUCAACGUGACUCUCAAAAGGUUUCCUAAUCUUACUGGGACAACUUCACUCCAAUUUCUGACGCUGGACUGUAAUGAAAUAAAAGCAUUUCCACCGGAUUUCUGUGAAAAAUUUCCAAAGCUACGGAAACUGAGCGCUGAAAUGAACAGAAUCACAGCAUUGCCUGAUAUGUCCAAGUGUUCGUCGCUUGAAUCAAUUAACCUCGAUCACAAUCACAUCACCUCCAUUGAUUUACAAGGCRCGAACAACCUUGAAAAGAUCUCUCUAAAAAACAACCGAAUCAAGUAUAUCUCAAAGAACGCAUUCAAAGGAAACACCAAGCUAACCAGUCUCAUCAUUGCGCAAAAUCAUAUCCAAGAUAUUGCCGAAGAAGCAUUUCAACCUUUGAAAUCACUGCUUCUAUUAAAUCUAAGACGGAACCGUUUAGCUUCGUUAAAAGCAUUAAAAUACCUCGGAACGCUGCAGAAUUUAGAUUUGGGUGCAAAUUCUAUCAAAGAACUCGAUGGUGAAACAUUUGAAGGACUAAAAAGCCUGACACAGUUGACUUUACGACGAAAUAAUUUAACGUCAAUUCCAACUAAAGCUUUGAAGCAUCUUUGGAAAUUACAAAACCUAGACUUAGGGGCAAAUCCCAUCAAGGAGGUUCACGAUUAUGCUUUUGAAGGUUUGACAAGUCUUCAGGAAUUCUCUAUCAGUUGGGAAAAAGUUGAAAAAGUUGAUCACAGAGCAUUCAAAAAACUUCCCUCGUUAAAACAACUGUCUUUGGUGAAUGUCAAUCUCAAGCGCUUUCCAGAUUUAACAGAAACUAACGCUCUUCAAGACUUGAUUCUGGAAUCUAAUUUCAUCACAUCAUUGCCUAAGGAUUUCUGCCAAAUGUUUCCCAAACUCUACAACUUUAACGCAAACAUGAACAGAAUUACAAGUAUUCCUGAUAUGUCUAACUGUACCUCGAUGGUUUUAUUACACUUGGUUUUCAAUCGAAUUACAUCAAUUGGUACAUCGUUACAGGGAAUGUCUACACUAAAAGAUAUAACUCUUAARCAAAACGCCAUUACAGAGAUACCAAGCGGUGCAUUCACUGGAAAUAAAAGACUUGAGAACUUGAACCUGGCUCACAACAAAAUAGAGAAAAUUGCUGAUGAUGCUUUUGUACCUUUGGAAUCUCUCACUACUUUAGACYUAAGCUACAACGACUUUGUCAAGUUGCCUACAAAAGGGAUGCAGCGUGUACGCGAGCUAAAACUCCGAGGCAACAAAAGAUUGAAUGAAAUAUCCGCUGAGAGCCUUCCAAGCGUUCGCUGGGUUGAAGCAAGCUAUCCUUACCACUGCUGUCAAUUUCGCAAAAAGGUUCACGAGGUCGCAUUGGCUCCUGUGGAUAAGACGACUUCAGUAACAAAUAAAGGAUGGACUUGGCAGAACUUUGAGGGAAUGAACUUYCUYAUUGARGGGUCUGGAAACGAAACUAUGACACUUGACGAAGAUGACGAACUUUCUGGAUUCGGCUCAGCUCCAAUCGAUCCCGCAAUUGCUCACGACAGAGAGGAGCCUGAGACUGAGARAACUACACGACAACCUUCAAAUUUACCGUCGGGAACUGAUGCUGAACUUCUCAGUGGUUCUUGGAACCCUCCUCCACUGGCUCCAUUUGAUGUGAACUGCACCCCCCUUCCUGACCCUUUUUUUCCCUGUGAAGACCUUAUGGGGUCGUGGUGGCUCAGGGUAGGAGUGUGGUUUGUGUUCAUGUUAGCGCUACUUGGCAACGCUGUGGUUGUCAUCGUGAUUGUGCUUUCCAAGACAAAAGUUGACGUAUCCAAGUUCUUGAUUAUUAAUUUAGCCRUGGCUGACCUCUGUAUGGGGAUAUAUCUCGGUUGUCUGGCCAUUGUCGACGCUUCAACUAUUGGUAACUUCAUGCAUCAUGGUGUUGACUGGCAGCAGAGUUCAGGGUGUAAAACSGCUGGAUUUCUAGCAGUGCUAUCCAGUGAAGGUUCAGUCUUCACAUUAGCUGUCAUUACUAUCGAGCGUUACAUCGCCAUAAGACAUGCACUACACGUGGAAAGAAAAAUGAGYCUGCGUCAAGCUGCCAUCGUGAUGGCCAGCGGUUGGUUUCUUGCUUUUAUCAUUGCUACAUUGCCAYUACUCAAAGUCAGUGACUACACCAAAUUUAGCAUYUGUUUACCUUUUGAGACUGGGGACGAGCAGUCCCUCGCUUUUGUAACAUUAUUGCUAAGUUUGAACUUUAUCGCAUUUGUUGUGAUAUUCGGCUGCUAUGUACGAAUAUAUUUUGAGAUCCGUGGAUCAAAUGCGUGGAACACUAGUGAUACUCAAGUAGCACUACGUAUGGCUUUGCUAGUUGUGACUGACUUCGUGUGUUGGGCUCCAAUCGUCAUCAUCGCUUUGCCAGCAGCGUUCGGGUCAACGUUCGUUAGCCUGGAGCAAGCUAAGGUCUUCACUGUGUUUGUUUUUCCUCUCAAUUCAUGUGCAAAUCCGUUCCUUUAUGCAAUCUUCACGUAUCAGUUUAAAAAAGACUGCUUGAAUAUAUGCAGACAAGUUCAAAAUUCGCCGGUACCUCCAAUYAUACAAAUAUCUUUAACGAAAAAACGUUUAUCAAUGAGUGGAAUUCCAGCGGAAUUACGUCAAGGGUCUCGUGCUAGUGUUGUUUAUACUCCGGAGACACACAGUGAUGGAAGAAUGACWCUAAGAGUGCCUUCUUUUAAGUUAAGUAGAAGGUACUCGUUACCAGCUGCUUUUAAACUAGCGGCCAGCAGUCAACGAGGCAGUGUAAAAAGCUCUGGGGCCGAGUAUUCAGACAAUAAUGAAAAUUCAAAAUGUUCAAAUGAAAACACCACGGAACAGACGACUUUAACUCAAGAAAAAACAAGACAAUCAAACAUAAACAAGGCGCCAGGUUGUUCUAAGGACGAGAAGAAUGAUAAUUCUUCAAACAAAAGUACAGAAGAGCAGAAACAAGAUGCAACCGCAGAGAAGCCGCCACUAAUUGACAGAAGAACUGCUGUGUAAUUAAUUUAUGUAUAAUAAUACUCACAUUGUGUAUCAUAUGUCUUAAUUUAUUAUUUCAACAUUGUUUAGCCUUAAAUGGCACAUCGCAAUUGGGUUCCCCAAGUAAUAUUCAACGAAAUGAAAUAAUCCUGGAAAGCUAGGCUACAUUUUGUAUAGCGCCUUUUUUGGGGAGAAACCGCAACAAGUCCAACAAGACGACGUUUGACAGUUUUUUUUGACAACAUUAUUUUAUUCAAAUAUAAACAAUUUCGUGACAAAAUACAAUUAAUUAUACAAUAAUAAAUAAUUAAUUAUUCAAAGAAAUAUCGUCAAGAUGUAAAGACUUGAUUGUACUGAGAACAGUAAAAAUAUCAUUAUGUAGCGCUG